UUCAGUCGUAUUGCGACCGCGAGGCUACGUACGUCGCUUACGUUCGUAUAGUUUUUGGGAAAAUAAAUACUUGUGAAUCGUUCAAUCACACCGUUAUAUUGCGAAAAAAUGUUUGAUAUCAAUCGUCGCGGCGCAAGGCAGUCCAGGUGAAACGCGCAGCCUUCGCGAGCGAAACGUGUUGGAGCGCGGUGUCGCGGAGUCGGGGCGGCGCGUCGGAGCUGGCGCUAGGGCCGAGUGCGGAGCGGGCACUCACAGCCAGGCAUGGCGGAAGCGGGCGCCGCGGCCGCGCCCGGCACCAUCGUCAAGGAGGGCUGGCUGCAGAAGCGCGGUGAGCACAUCCGCAAUUGGCGCGAUCGCUACUUCAUCCUGUUCGACAACGGCGACCUGGUGGGCUUCAAGGCACAGCCCGAGCGCAACAACUACCGCGAGCCGCUCAACAAGUUCACCGUGCGCGACUGCCAGAUCAUGGCCACGGAUAAGCCGCGGCCCUACACCUUCACGAUCCGCGGCCUGCAGUGGACUACAGUCAUUGAACGCAACUUCUCCGUGGACAACGAGAAGGAACGCGAGGAAUGGGUGGCGGCCAUCCGCUACGUGUCGGGGCAGCUGAGCGGCGCGGCGGCGGGCGGGGCCGCGGCCGCCGUGGACCACGGGGACGCCGACAUCGCGCAGCUGGGCACCAGCUUCCGGGACCCGCGCCGCAUCACGUUGGAGAAGUUCGAGUUCGUGAAGGUGUUGGGCAAGGGCACGUUCGGCAAGGUGGUGCUGUCGCGCGAGAAGGGCACAGGCAAGCUGUACGCCAUGAAGAUCCUCAAGAAGAACCUCAUCAUCCAGAAGGACGAGGUCGCGCACACCAUCACCGAGAACCACGUGCUCAAGAAGACCAAGCACCCCUUCCUCACUGCGCUGCGCUACUCGUUCCAGACGGCCGACCGCGUGUGCUUCGUGAUGGAGUACGCCAACGGCGGCGAGCUGUUCUUCCACCUGUCGCGCGAGCGCUCCUUCAGCGAGGAGCGCACGCGCUUCUACGGCGCCGAGAUCGUGUCGGCGCUGGGCUACCUGCAUGCCGAGGGCAUCAUCUACCGCGACCUCAAGCUGGAGAACCUGCUGCUCGACAAGGACGGCCACAUCAAGAUCGCCGACUUCGGCCUGUGCAAGGUGAACAUCACGUACGGCCGCACCACCAAGACGUUCUGCGGCACGCCCGAGUACCUGGCGCCCGAGGUGCUCGAGGACAACGACUACGGGCCCGCCGUGGACUGGUGGGGCACCGGCGUGGUGCUGUACGAGAUGGCCUGCGGCCGCCUGCCCUUCUACAACCGCGACCACGAGGUGCUGUUCUCGCUCAUCGUGUCGGAGGAGGUGCGCUUCCCGCGGGCGCUGUCGCCCGCCUGCCGGGCCCUGCUGGCGGGGCUGCUCACCAAGGAGCCCGCGGGCCGCCUGGGCGCCGGGCCCGACGACGCCGUGGAGAUCAUGCACCACCCGUUCUUCGCCACCGUCAACUGGGCCGACCUGGUGGCCAAGAAGAUCCCGCCGCCCUUCAAGCCGCAGGUGGAGUCGGAGACGGACACGCGCUACUUCGACUCGAAGUUCACCGGCGAGUCCGUGGAGCUCACGCCGCCCGACGAGCCCGGCCUGCAGCGCAUACAGGAGGAGCACUUCCCGCAGUUCUCCUACCAGGACAUCUGUUCAUCGGCGCACUCGGCGCUGUCGCACCUGUCGCAGCACUCGGCGCAGCGCCACUAGCGCCGCGACACAGCGCCGCGACACGGGCCGCGACACAGCGCCGCGACACGGGCCGCGACACAGCGCCGCGACACGGGCCGCGACACGGGCCGCGACACAGCGCCGCGACACGGGCCGCGACACGGCGCCGUGACCCGGCGCCGCCACACUUUUAUACUACGGUGAAACAUUUAGCGACCCGGUUUACAGUAAGGGUCGCCCAUCGCUCGGUCCGUCGAUCGACACGUUCGUGUUCGUCGGUGGUUCCGGCGCCUUGCUCGGAGGAGCCGCGCCCGCGAGGUGCGGUCGCCGGCUGGACACAUGUACAUCGGUUAAGAUAAUGAAUUAGUAUUGUAUAGUGCCGCGCGCCCCGCCCCGCGGCGGCGGCGGCGGGCCGCGCUACGCAUUUCUUUUUGUAUAUAAAAUAUAAUAAAGUUAGGAUUAAAUA